AUGGAUUAUUAUUCAUCGUUAGAUUCAAGGUCAUUAGACUCAACACCCACCAUCUUUGAAAUCAUCUCAUCAAAUGAAUUGGAACAUUUAUUAUCCCCUUCUCUCCGAUACAUUGUUGUUCAUUAUGCUCAAAAAUAUCCAUCUUUAUUUUUGAAAUUAGCUAUGAAUUUUGAUGAAUUAAACUUGGUUAUACGUGGAUUAAUUGAACAUCAUUAUUUAAAAAGUUGGAAUUCAAGCUUUACAGAAAAUUUUUAUGGAUUGAAAAGACAAACUUUAAAUAAAAUUGAUAUUAAGGAUUCAAAUCACAAGAUAUUUGAUAUAGUGGAACAAAAGAAAAGAUUAUCUCAAUGGCAAAUAUAUGGUUCUUUAAUCAACUUGGUUGGUGGUGCUUAUAUCAAUGAAAAAUUAGAUGUCUUAUAUGAAAGAUUACAUGCAAAGAUAUUAUUGAAAACUUUAAAACCAACAACGUUAAUUAACAAGUUAAAAAUUUAUUUUGUCAAGAUAUAUCCAUAUAUUUUAUCCACUAUAAAACUCUUGAAUGUUAUUUUCCAAAUACUGUAUCUCUCAGGACGUACAAAAUCUCCAUCAUUUAUUGAUUAUUUACUCAAAAUUGAAUAUUCAAGAUUAUCAAAAUUUGAUUAUGAUUUACAUGAUACAACAACAAAACCUCAAACCAAUACUACAACUACCUCCAAAACCAAAACCAAUUCAAGACCACCAUCAUUUGGUCAACAUUUAACAAGUAUGAUUCAAGUAUAUCAAAAACCAAUAAAAUCUUUAAUAAUGAAACUUUCAACAACAAUUUUCCCACUAGCUAUAUUCCUAUUAAAAUUUCUUGAAUGGUGGAAUUCAUCAGAAUUUGCAUCAAAAAUUUCUAAAAAUCAACAAAAUAUAAUUGAUAAAGAUAUCCCACCACCAAAAACCCUUAAGACCAUAACAAAAUCUUCAAAUUGUCCAAUUUGUAAAGAUGUUAUACAUAAUCCUGCAAUCAUUGAAACUGGUUAUGUUUUUUGUUAUACUUGUAUUAUGAAAUUUUUAAUUGAUGGUGACGAAAAAAUUGGUGGUAGAUGUCCAAUAACGGGGAAAAGGUUAUUAGGUUGUAGAUAUUCAAAUGGAUUAAAAGAAUGGAAAAUUGAUGGUGUUAGAAGGUUAAUGAUAUAG